GUGGGUUCCUUUAAUGGAAACUAUGAGUCCCACCCACACGGUUUCAAUACGUUCUGUACUAAGACGGAUCUAGGAAACACAGGAAGAAACUGCAAGCUGACCAAGUCAUGAGCUACCCUGGAUACCCACCUCAGGCAGGUGCUUACCCACCUCAGCCUGGUGCUUACCCACCUCAGCCUGGUGCUUACCCACCUCAGCCUGGAGCUUACCCUCCCCAGGCGGGAGGCUACCCGCCACAGCCAAGUGGCUACCCCCCACAGGCUGGCGGCUACCCCCCACAGGCUGGCGGCUAUCCACCACAGGCUGGCGGCUAUCCACCACAGGCAGGAGGAUAUCCACCACAGGCUGGAGGUUAUCCUCAAGCACCACCACCAGGAAGCUGGGGUGGUGGCCCAGCUGGUGGUUAUCCCUCCAUUGGGCUUGACAACUUAUCUAACCCUGGAUACAACGCUGGCAUGGCCAACCAGAUCUCAGGCAUGGGGGGUUUUAUGCCAAACCCAUCCAUGAUCGCCCAAGCCCUUGGGGGGUACCCAUCUCUCCCUCAGCCUGGUGGGUAUGGUGCCCCCUCCCCUAACCAACAGUCAUAUGGCCUGUACCCACAGCCAGGAGGGACCAUGCCCCAACACCAAGGCCCAGGGAUGAGCUAUCCUGGUCAGCCUGGACAGCCUAUGCCAGGGUACCCUGGUGCACCCUCACCUAACCCUCCCAUGCCCGGUUAUGGAGGAGCACCAGCACCUAUGCCAGGAUACCCAAAGGUCCCAUCACCAAAUCCAUCCAUGCCAGCCUAUGGAGGAGGAGCCAUGCCAGUAGCUCCACCAGUCAAUAGGGGAUUCAGGGGAACAAUCAAGGACUUUCCUGGAGCAGACCCACUCAAAGAUGUGGAGGUUCUGAGGAAGGCCAUGAAGGGCUUUGGAACUGAUGAGCAAGCCAUCAUUGAAUUGCUGGGGAGUCGCUCCAACAAGCAGCGUGUGCCUUUGCUCCGGGCUUACAAAACUUCCUAUGGGAAGGAUCUGAUUAAGGAUCUGCAUUCAGAACUGUCUGGAGACUUUAGGAAGCUGGUCAUGGCCAUGUUGAAGAGCCCAUCUGAGUUUGAUGCCUAUGAGCUCUACAGUGCCAUCAAGGGAGCUGGAACUGAUGAGGCUUGUCUGAUUGAGAUCCUGUCUUCUCGCUCCAACGCUGAAAUCAAGGAGAUAAACCGCAUUUACAAACAAGAAUACAAGAAGUCACUGGAGGAUUCCAUUAGUGGGGAUACCUCGGGCCACUUCCGCAGGCUCCUGAUCUCUCUCGCCCAGGGCAAUCGUGACGAACGAGAACAUGUUGACGUCUCUCUGGCUAAACAAGAUGCUCAGGCCCUGUAUGCUGCUGGAGAAAACAAGCUGGGAACAGAUGAGUCCAAAUUCAAUGCUAUUUUGUGCGCCAGGAGCAAACCCCAUCUCAGAGCAGUGUUUCUCGAGUAUCAGCACAUGUGUGGCAGAGAUAUUGAGAAGAGCAUUGGCAGGGAGAUGUCUGGAGACCUUGAGAGUGGCAUGUUGGCAGUGGUGAAGUGUAUUAAGAACACACCUGGAUACUUUGCUGAGAGGCUUUACAAGGCCAUGAAGGGAGCUGGGACCAAGGACAGAGCCCUGAUCCGCAUCAUGGUCUCCCGUUCUGAGGUGGACAUGCUGGAUAUCCGCCAGGAGUAUGUUAAAAACUACGGCAAAUCGCUGUACACGCACAUCUCUGGAGAUACAUCAGGAGACUACAAGAAACUCCUACUGAAGCUCUGUGGGGGCAGUGACUGAACGGAAAACAGUCUCUAUUACUUUAUAGAAAUUUUCUAUAAAUGUCACUUUUCCGCCCUAGCUAUGCACACUAUACACAAACCGCCAAACUGCAUGCCAAGCCAAUACUCUCUAUGCCAAUGUUUACUGAGUUGUAAUAACCUCAUACAUAUUGCUGCGUACAAUUUCUUUUCUAUAUGCAGUAUGCACAAAAAAAAAAGAUUAUAUUUUUUCACUUGUGAUAACUUUUAUCAUUUGUGUUGAAUGUGGAUGGCCAUACAAUAGAUUUGUUUGAGAUUGCAUUUGAAUUUUAAGAGCUAUAUAUUUUUAAGAUAUUUUAUUUCAAUUGUUCAAUAGGAUCAGAUAUCUAAUGAUAUCUGGAAUGUUUAUCAGCUUGUUUUCUAAUGUUCAGGAAUGUUGAAGAAAGUAUGAGACAUAGGAUACAUCAGCUAAGUACCAAAGUUAACGUUUGCAACUGUACCAUCUCUUUUCUAUUGUGUCUACACUUUACAAUUCUUUGUUCAUCAUAGUGGUGCUGUAUUUGGGGCAAUCUGUAUAUCAUAUACCUGCUCUUGUAGCAUGUAAAAUCAUAGCCUUACAUUUCAUAAAUUGUUGGUCAUUUUAUCAGGUCUCAGAAAAUAAACAUUAAGAUGGCA